AAAUCCUAAACCGAUUUUCUUCUUCCUCUUCGGAACUGGAAGCCACCAUGUCGAUCAAUCUUGUGCUUCCUUUUCUUCUUCUCUCCGUCGCCACUUCCUCCAUUAUUUCACAGUCAAAAGCUCUUCGAUUCCCUACAGAGAUCUACAAUUUCUCAUCUAACAACAUCACCGUCAUCGCCAACCCCGGUACACCGCCGCAAUCUGUUCCAGUCUCUCCAUCUCCGUCACCAACAGAACCCCCAAUUUCUCCUCCUAUGGUCCCUGCACUCUUUGUCAUCGGCGACUCUUCCGUCGAUUGUGGCAACAACAACUACCUCGGUACCUUUGCUCGCGCCGAUCACCCUCCCUAUGGUAGAGAUUUCGACACGCACCGCCCUACCGGUCGUUUCUGCAAUGGGAGAAUCCCCGUUGAUUAUCUGGCCUUGCGCCUCGGGCUUCCGUUCGUUCCAAGUUAUCUGGGACAGGCUGGGAGAAUUGAAGACAUGGUCCGGGGAGUGAAUUAUGCAUCAGCCGGUGCUGGGAUUAUUUUCUCAAGUGGUUCAGAAUUGGGACAGCACAUUUCCUUUACUCAACAAAUUCAGCAGUUCACUGAUACUAUUCAGCAGUUUAUUCUAAGCAUGGGAGAGGAUAGAGCAAAUGAGCUCAUCUCGAAUUCGGUUCUUUACGUUUCCAUUGGGAUAAACGAUUACAUACAUUACUAUCUGUUCAACGUGUCCAAUGUGCAAAAUCUGUACCUUCCAUGGAGUUUCAACCAGUUCUUAGCAUCAACAAUGAGACAAGAAAUUAAGGGGGUUGCUGAUUUGGAAAAUUUGAUGAAACAGAACUUGUACAAUCUAAAUGUGAGGAGAGUGGUAGUUAUGGGGUUGGCACCUAUUGGUUGUGCUCCUCACUACUUGUGGCAGUUCAACAGCACGAAUGGGGAGUGUGUCAAGGAGAUAAAUGACAUGAUCUUGGAGUUCAAUUUUCUCAUGAGAUUCAUGACUGUGGACCUUAAUCAUGAGCUUCCUGAUGCAAACAUCAUUUUUUGUGAUGUCUUUGAAGGUUCCAUGGAUAUAAUCAAGAAUCACGAGCGCUAUGGUAAGAUUGUGAGUUCAAUUUUAUCAGAUAUCUGAUCAACGUAGAAAUUAUAUAAUGCUGUUCUAUGCUUGUGUAUGUUCAGGUUUCAAUGUUACUGCAGAUGCUUGCUGUGGGUUAGGGAAGUAUAAGGGAUGGAUCAUUUGUGUAUCCCCAGA